AUGUAUAGUAAGAAUGCCAACUUUAUCACUAACAUUUCAAAACAAAUCUUGCAUAGUGCAAAACUCCAAAACCGCCGGUGUAGUCCACAAGGUAUGGCCGCUGUUCAAGUUCCUCCUCAGAGCAUCUUCAGACACUAUCGUCCUGACUAUGAAGGCCCAAGCAAGGGCAGAGCGAAUGGCCUUUUGAAUGGCCGUGAACAAGAUUUCCAUCGCUCUUUGGCUAUUGCCAAUAGCACGACUCGUCGUACGCGUCGUACUGCCACUACACCAACCAAACGCCGUGCAAGAUCACUUUACUUAUCUGACACCGGUCCCUAUGAUUCAUCCGAUGAAGACAUAGAUGCACCUGUAACUCCUCCUCCCAUAAUCCGGAGUCUGUCUCGUUAUGUGCGUUCUGCGAAAGCACGACCCAAGCCCUACGAGAGGCGUGACCCCAGCACAGUACAGCGCCGCUACGCUGCAAGCCAACUUUCCCCCACUGAUUCUGGAACUUUACCGGACACUCAGAAGGGCAAAGUUUUACUCGAAAAUCGAUUGCAAUCCCUGUCUCCCGAGGCAAUUGCGCAAGCCGUCAUCACGAAACGAACUGAUGUUGAAUGGAGGCGCAUGCGUGCUCUGACAACAGCUUGGGAAAUCCAAGCUAUCGAAGAACAGAAAAGAUUUCUUCAGAUGGUUCUUGAAGACGACGGUGACACAUAUGUCAAUGCUGCGUCAGAACCUCGGGACACCUCGCUCCAAGGGAUCUCUAGAGGAAACGUGGAUGAGCUCGAUGAGCGCCUCCACUUUUGCGUGGCUGUAUACAAGCCUGACAUAACGUCGCUCGCCGUUGGAGACAAACAGCUUGAUCUCGUUGAGGGUAUGGCCCACUCCCUUGUCAACGAUUGCGUCGAUGGAGAUCGCUUACUAGACUUCACGAGUUUGGAUGACUCAGAAGAUCAAUGCGGCAGCGGGUGUGAAUCCGAGUCCAUAGACAGUAGCAGAAUGUCGCAAGAUUCUGUCAAGUCCGAUGAAACAUCUGAUGUAAUUAUCGUAUCGAUCACCGUCACUUAUAAUACUGAUCUUGCAUAA